ACCAUGACUGCACCAAAUAAAGCACUAGAACUACAGCUGCAAAUCAAGCAAAAUGCUGAAGAACUGCAGGAUUUUAUGAGAGAAUUGGAGAGCUGGGAAAAAGACAUUAAAGAAGUGGAUUCUGAACUAAGGAAACAGAGUGGUGACCCAGAAGAGAAUUUGCCACCAAUUCGAAACAAGGCUUUUAAGAAGAAGAAAAGCAAAAGUAAAGUCCCUUCAAAGAUAACCACUGAGGAAAACAAGAAAAACAAGAUCAAGUCUUACGAUUAUGAAGCAUGGGGAAAACUUGAUGUGGAUAAAAUACUGGAAGAACUUGAUAAAGAAGAUAGUACUCAUGAUUCUGUGUCUCCAGAAUCAGACUCUGAAGAAGAUGGAAUUCGUGUAGAUGCAGAAAAGGCUCUUGCAGAGAAGGAAAAGGGUAAUAACUACUUUAAACAAGGGAACUUUGAUGAAGCUAUAAAAUGCUACACUAGAGGGAUGCAUUCUGAUCCAUACAAUCCAGUAUUGCCCACAAACAGAGCAUCAGCCUUUUAUAGAAUGAAAAAGUUUUCUGUUGCGGAAUCUGACUGCAAUUUAGCACUUGCUUUAGAUAAAAAUUACACAAAGGCUUAUGCCAGAAGAGGGGCUGCUCGCUUUGCUUUGAAAAAUCUUCAAGGUGCUAAAGAAGAUUAUGAGAAAGUUUUAGAGCUGGAUGCAAACAACUUCGAAGCAAAAAGUGAACUGAAGAAAAUUGAUCAGGCGCUGUCAUCAAAAGAAAGUUCAGAACAGAAAGAAUUUGAAGAUGUGGUCAGACCAGAAUUUACAGAUGAAGAGAAGCAGCGCAUUGAAGACCAGCAGCUCAAGCAGAAGGCUAUUACAGAAAAAGAUCUGGGUAAUGGUUAUUUCAAAGAAGGCAAGUAUGAGGCUGCGAUAGACUGUUAUACCCGUGGUAUAGCAGCAGAUGGCACCAAUGCGCUUCUGCCGGCUAACAGAGCCAUGGCCUACCUGAAGAUUGAAAAAUAUGAAGAGGCAGAAAAUGACUGUACACAAGCCCUGCUUUUAGAUGCCUCCUAUUCUAAAGCCUUUGCUAGAAGAGGAGCUGCCAGAGUUGCUCUUGGAAAGCUAAAGGAAGCUAUAGAAGAUUUUGAAGCUGUUCUGAAGCUGGAACCUGGAAAUAAACAAGCAAUAAAUGAACUCACUAAGAUAAGGAAUGAAUUAGCUGAGAAAGAGCAGCAGACUCAUCAAGGGUAUCCUGCAGUAUUGAUAAAAGAAACAGAAAUAAAAAAUAUAGUGAAACUGAUUGAUAAUCCAUUACACCUGAAAUCAACAAAGCCUUUGCGAAGAAUAGCCAUUGAAGAAAUUGAUGAUGACACACCAAAUAGUGAUUUGCCCAGCACCACUACCUUAGUCAAUAACUGGAGGGAUUCAAUGAGUGUUGAAACAACAGAGAAUCUAGAUCAGGAUGAUCAGUUGACUACAAUGGACAUUCCAAAAGCAAAGCAUUUGAAGAUAGAAGAAAUCAGUGAUACGUCCCCGUUACAGCUUCCUGCUAGUGUGAAAGGAGUUUCAUCAGUGUCGCAACCAUCUUUCCCUGUGAACAAACGGAGAGAAAAAGAAGUCAAAAGGUUGUUUAGCUCCACUUCUCCAGUCCCUGCCAUUCCUGCAAAUUCUUUCCAGCUUGAGUCUGACUUCAGGAAGUUGAAAGACUGCCCGGAAAAUUUGUAUUUGUACCUGAAGCAAAUAGAGCCUUCGCUUUAUCCAAAACUGUUCCAGAAAUCCUUAGAUCCAGACUUGUUUAACCAGAUACUGAAAAUUCUACAUGAUUUCUACAUUGAGAAAGAGGAGCCGUCGCUCAUCCUUGAAAUCCUCCAAAGGCUAUCUGAAUUAAAAAGAUUUCAUAUGGCAGUAAUGUUUAUGUCAGGCUCAGAGAAAAAAAUUACACAGGUAUUGUUCAAUCAUGUGAACCACAUGGGACUGAAAAACACUUCUGUUGAAGAAUUGGAGAAGAAAUAUGGCAUUUUCUCUUAGUGAGAUGACUGACGUGUAAAUUCCUGUUUCCGCACUUCUUUCAUGUGGAAAUCUGCCGAAGCACCUAUAAAGACUGGAAUUUUGUUGCUUUUGUAUAAGUAAUGAAAUGAAACUAUUAAACUUGGUUUAGCCAAAUGGCAAGUGCCUGAAGAGAUAAUUGUCUAGUUCUGCAGGUACAUUUGCUUUCCAGCACCCAAAACAAUACAGAUCUGCGUUGUCUUCAGUGGAAGCUUUUUGCCUAAAAACAAUUGGGCAGAUUGGCAUUCAGGAUUGGGGCUGUAGACAGAGAUCUUUAUUAAAAGGAAAAAAAAAAAUUUAUGAACAUGUCUUUGGUAAGAAUCAAAUGGUGUAUAUUACAAAUGUGCAUUUUUUUUUAUUUUAGAAAAUAAACUUCAUGUUGAAUUGAA